AUGAAGAUCAGUCGGGAGCAGAUUCGCCUGACUGGAGCACCCUUCCACGGCAUGAUCCUGGGCAAGCAGGCCAUCCCGCUCGGGCAGAUCGACCUGCUCGUGACAUUCGGAGAUAGGUCAAACUUUCGAAUAGAGACCCUUACAUUCGAGGUGGUGGAUUUCAGUGGUUCCUAUCACGCUAUCCUCAGGAGGCCCUGCUAUGCCAAAUUUAUGGCCGUCCUCAAUUACGUCUACCUCAAGCUUAAGAUGCCUAGGCCAAAGGGCGUCAUCACCAUUGGGCCAAGCUUCCCACACGCACGACUGUGGAAUAAGGACAGAUGCCAGCUCGCCACCAAGAUCAUCGUGAAGGCGGACCUCACAGAGAUCAAGAGGAACGUUGCCCUGACUGCUCCCGACUCCAACAAGAGCACCGACGCGGCAGCCUUCCAGUCGGCCAAGGAGACCAAGGAAGUUGACAUCAACGACAGCAGCUCGACCAAGACGCCUUGCGUGGCAAUUGUCUGA